AUGGAUGAUAAAGGCAACGAUGGCAAAAACUUGGGUGAUACAGGCAAGGAUGACAAGGACAUGGGUCAUAGAGGCAACGAAGGCAAAGACAUGGAUGAUAAGGACAAUGAUUUCGUAGCCAUGGACCCCAAAGGAAUGGAUGGUAUGUGCAUGGAUGAUAAGGAUAAUGAGGAUGCAGGCAAGGAUGGCAUAGACAUGGAUGAUGUACACAUGCAAGGUAAAGGAAUUGAUAAUAAAGGCAUGGCUGGUUCAGACCUGAAUGAGUGUAUGGAAUACUUAGAGAUUGUGAAGAAGACUUUCAGGACUGUGGAAGAAGCCUACAUGUUCUACGUAGGCUAUGCGAGAAAAAAAGGGUUUGGUGUUAGAAAGGAUGAUCUGAAGUACAGGGAUCUGGGUCCGAAACAAAAUGCAUACAGAAGGACAUACAAGUGCUGCAAACAAGGAUGGCGGGCCCUUAAGCACUUUAACAGAGCUGAAAGAAAAAGAACACCGAUGGGUCUUUCUCGGUGUGGGUGUCCCGCUCUUUUUCAGGUUGAGCUACAAGAUAGCAGUGGCCUCUGGUUCGUCAAGAAUUUUGUGGACAAGCAUAACCAUCUGUUUGUCCCUGCUGACCUGACUCCGUACUUAUCGGCUCAUCGUAGAAUGACUGACGCACAAAAGGCCGAUGUCAUCGAGUAUGCUGUCGGUGGACUUCGAACACAUCAGAUUAUGAAUGUAAUGGAGAAGAAUGCCGGAGGUCCCGACAAGCUUGGAUUUAUAGAUCGAGAUCUAUACAACCAUGUUUCAAUCCAAAAGAAGCGCAAGAUAAAAGGCAGUGACGCUAGAUAUUUGCUCACCUAUAUGAUUGCACAGAAAAAAGCAGACCCGGAAUUCUUUUUCAAAUACACAAAAGACAGCGAAGACCAUUUGAGGAACAUAUUCUGGGCUGAUUCACAAUCCCAGAUUGACUAUGUUGCCUUUUGUGGUGUCGUGGUGUUCGACAGUAUAUAUCGGUCUAACAAGUACAUGCUUCCGUUUGUUCCAUUUAUUGGUCUGAACCAUCACCGCAGCACAGUUUUGUUUGGGGUCGGUCUAGUGUCAGACGAGACAGUUGCAUCAUACCAGUGGCUUCUUCAUGUAUUUUUGGAGGCAAUGUCCCAGACGGCACCCAUUUCAGCAAUCAACGAUGGGGAUGGUUCAAUGGCUAAAGCAAUAGCUACUGUCUGGACCGGAACAGAUCAUCGUCUGUGCAUGUGGCAUAUCGAGGAGAAUAUGGUGAUCCACCUCCGCAAGAAAAAGCUUGAGGAAUUUAGGGAAUUCAUAUACCGUCGUUGGGAUGUUGAUGAGUUUGAGAAAAGAUGGGACGCUUAUAAGGUUAGGUUCAAAAUAAAACCAACAGGCAAGAGGUCGUCAUGGGUUAACAGGAUGUACGAGCUGCGACACAAAUGGGCUGCUGCGUACACAAAGGAUAGAUAUUUCCUAAGCAUGAUGAGUAAUCAGAGGAGUGAGUCUCUCAACUCAAGGCUUCAUGUGCACCUGAACAGGAAGAUGCAGCUUGUUGAUUUGUUGCAGCAUCUUGAGCAUUGUGUAUCCAUAAUGCGUAAGAAUGAAGCAGCAUUAGACGCAGUAGCGACACAUACGAUACCCUUCACUAAGCUGAAUGCACACCCUCUGGAGAUUGCUGCCUCUUAUAUUUAUACAACUAUGAUGGAUGCUAGAGAAUUGCAAGUUAAGGAUGGUAACGACUCAGAUGCUAAGGUUCCUACAGACUUGGAAGGUAAGGAUGCUGAGGACUUGCAUGCAAAAUGUUUGGAUGCUGAGAAUCCCAAUGACUUGGAAGGCAAGGAUGGUGUUGACUUGCAUGCAAAAAAUCUGGAUGCUAAGGAUCCCAAUGACUUAGAAGGAGCAAGACUGGACGCUGCAGCUUGUAAAUGUAAAAAGUUGGAAAGUCAGGAUUACCCAUGUGCACAUAUAUUCUACAUUCUGGAUCAUCUUGGUGUACGCACAUUUUCAAAAAAAAUUGUGAAGAAAAGAUGGACAAUGCAUGCCAAGCCAGCGUUCCCUUCCUCGAGGACUGCGAAUACUCAUGUAUAG